AUGAUGCGAUGGCUGCACGUCGCUGUCAUUGCCGGGAGCUUCCCCGUUCCGGCCUUCUCUGCCACCUCUGCCAGCUGCCUGUCACAGAGGACUCGCCAGGCGCUCGAUGAGGAAGCUUACGGAGAGCAAAGCAUGCAGCUCCUGCAGCAUGCACGGGACCGCCACGGCCGGCUACGGGUCCCUCCCAGUGGCUUCUUCAAUACGUCGGCCAUCUUAGCAGACAGCCCUCGAGGUACUUUCCUCUCGCGCAUGGCUAUCUUGGUUCAGGCAGUCGGUCUGACGUACAACACCACCACCCCGAAGUUUCAACCGGGGUUGGCUGAUGCCAACAUAUCUUCAGGUGCUGGUACCUGGUUUCGAAAGAAGCAGUUCGAUCGGGACCCGGAGAAGGGUGGCGUCUUUGCCAGAGUCUUUGCAAACGACGAGAUGCAUUCGGCCAUCAUCGUCUUCAAAGGCAUCUGUGACACGAUAGGCCUCGAACAAUGUAUUAUUGAUGCAUGCAAGCUCAACAGCAUCGGAGCCUACGGAGAGCUCUCGGAGGGCAUCGCUGCAGUGUUCGGAGCAGACGACAAGACGUGCGAAGGCUACAGGGAACAGCUGAACUUCGUGGAGCAGGCUUUGAGUUACGCUGCCGCCGUCCGCAGUGCGCUAGAAGACUACGAAAUCAUCCUGACGGGGCACUCCCUCGGAGGGCUGCUGGCGAUUGUCACGGCUUCGCAGCUGGGCCUCAAAGCGCUGACUUUUGCACCGACUCCUUUCCACAACGUUCUGAAGCAGGAGUUGAACUUCACUGACGAGCAAAUCUCUGGCAUGGACUCUGACGACCUUGUGUCUUUGUGA